CCCAAGUGGCUCCCACAAUUAGCGCCCAUCCCAGUGGCUGGGCGGCUGGCCCUGGGGACACCUGGGUUCUGGGCACAGAGGCCCCUGCCCAGUGUCCCUUGGCCACAAACACCUGUGGUCAGAACUGGCAGUGAAAGCCAGGCAGGCAGUGGCAAGCAGGCAUCCCUCCUAGGCCUGGCAGGACGGCGGGCAGGGAGGCUUAGGGCCAGGGCCUACUGGGAGAGGGAAGAGUAGGUGUCUGACCCGAGGGAGAUCCGGGCAUCAGGAGUCAGGAAAGGCUGCUCAGGGAAGGGCAGAUCUGGCGUCCAAGGGGGUCUCAGCCCACAUGGGCCUCUCCUCUCCCUCCAGAAACUGCGAGCCCCUCACCCCCAGCCAGGGUCAGGGUCCCAGGCCUCACUCCUGGCCCUCUGGCAAGAAGGGCUUGCCCAUGGGUAGGGGAAGAGCCCCCAGUCCCUGGCCCCAAAGUUUUCCCCUCCUGGGUCCAGAGCAGGUGUGGCUGCCUGGCUGGCAGGCCCCUCCCCAAAGCCUCGCCCAGCCCUGGCCGGCCUGUCAUAAAUAGGAGGCUGCCCGCUGGUGUCGGGCCACAUCCCGUCUUGUCGCCUGCUGGAGCCACGCUAUUGCAGCUGCCCGCCCGCCACGGGGGAUGGAGGCAUCUGCACACAGAGGCUCCUGCUUCAAGGCUGGAACUGUGGUCCAAACAACCAGUGAGGGACUCGGGAUCUGGAAGUACCCCCAGGGCCAGCCACCACUGCCACCGCUGCCUGAGGACAUGCCACCACGGCCCGAGGACAGACCACUGCCAGCUGAGGACAGACUGCUGCCACCCGAGGACAGGCCAGGGGAGAGGCUGGUGGAGCUGCACACUUCUUUCAGGGAGCUGUUCACUUUCUUCUGCACCAAUGCCACCAUCCACGGCACCAUCCGCCUGGUCUGCUCCCGCCAGAACCGCCUCAAGACGGCGUCCUGGGGGCUGCUGCUCAUGGGCGCCCUGGGUGCGCUCUACUGGCAAUUUGGGCUCCUCUUCGAGCAGUACUGGCGCUACCCGGUCAUCAUGACGGUGUCUGUGCACUCUGAGCGGAAGCUCUUCCCGUCGGUCACUCUGUGUGACAUGAACCCCCACCGGCCCAGCCCCGCUCGCCGCCAUCUGCAGGCGCUGGAUGAGUUUGCCCAGGAGAAUAUCUACUCCCUCUACAAGUUCAACUUCAGCGAAAGCUGGGAGGGCCCCUUCGCUGAGGACCUGGGCCCCGAGCCCUCCUUCCAGCUGGACCGUGGGAUCUGCCUUCAGCGGCUGAACCACCCAGGCCCCCAGAGCAAAGUGGGUUUCAGACUGUGUAACAGCACCGGCGGCGACUGCUUCUACCGGGUCUACUCGUCAGGCGUGACGGCCGCCCGAGAGUGGUACCGCUUCCACUACAUGAACAUCCUGGCCCUGCUGCCCCCCACCCGGGAGGACAGCCACCGGAGCCACGGCGGCCACUUUGUCUUCUCCUGUCGCUACAACGGCCGGGACUGCCAGGCCCAGCACUUCCAGACGUUCCACCAUCCCACCUACGGCAGUUGCUACACCUUCAAUGGAGCCUGGGCCGCACAGCACCCGGGCAUCACCCAUGGGAUCAGUCUGGUCCUCAGGACGGAGCAGCAGGACCACCUCCCUCUACUAUCCACGGAGAAUGGCAUCAAGGUCAUGAUUCACAGGAGGAACCAAACACCCUUCCUGGAGCACCGCGGCUUCAGCAUCCGGCCAGGGACAGAGACCACCAUUGGCAUCCGAGAGGAUGAGGUGCACAGGCUUGGGAGCCCCUACGGCCACUGCUCGGACGGCAUGGAGGCUGUGGACGUGCCACUGCUCUACAAUGCCACGUACACCAUGCAGGCCUGCCUGGUCUCCUGCUUCCAGCAGCUGAUGGUGGAGACCUGCUCCUGCGGCUACUACCUCUACCCCCUGCCAGUGGGGGCCGAGUACUGCAGCUACACACGGCACCCAGCCUGGGGACACUGCUUCUACCGCCUCUACCGGGACCUGGAGACCCACCGGCUCCCCUGCGCCUCCCGCUGCCCCAGGCCCUGCAGGGAGUCUUCAUACAAGCUCUCUGCUGGGACCUCCAGGUGGCCUUCCUCCAAGUCGGCAGACUGGAUCCUGGCUGUGCUGGGCAAGCGGGGCCACCAGAAGCCCAGCCAGAGCCCCAGGAGCAACAUUGCCAAGAUGAACAUCUUCUACCAGGAGCUCAACUACCGCACAGUGGACGAGACGCCCGUGUACUCGGUGCCGCAGCUGCUUUCGGCCAUGGGCAGCCUCUGGAGCCUGUGGUUCGGCUCAUCCGUCCUCUCUGUCCUGGAGCUGCUGGAGCUGCUGCUUGACGCCACGGCCCUCGCCCUGCUGCUGGGCUGCCGCCGGCUCCGCAGGGCUUGGAGGUCCCAGCCAGGGGCGGCCACAAGGGCGUCUGGCCCCAGGCCAGAGGCCACCCCAUUGCCCAGUGACUGCGGGCCUGACCUCAAAUGUUCAGGGACUCCAGCAGGAGCCUCAGCUGAGGAGUCUCGGCUGUGAGUGUCUUUGCACACAUCUCUGCAAGGGAGCAUGUCUGUGUUUGGUGUCAGUGUUGUGUGUCUGCAUGCGUGUUUCUAAGUGUAUGGACGAUGCCCAUCUACACCUGUGUGUGUGGGGGAACCAGGCAGCGGCUCCCUCGGCUCAGGUCAGGUGGGAGGCCCAGGCCAAGGCACUCGGUGAC